AUUUUGCUUCAAUUGUUGGUCUUCCACUCGUCUUCAGGAACUGGAACACAUGGCCUUUCGGAAAGCUGGCAAACAGAGACAACUCUGGUUUACAACCUGGAAGCCAACCGCCACACGCUGCCAGGUCAGGUCACCAACAGACGCCAAGACCAGAGGGGACGAUGCAAGUGCGCCCCCACCGUCCUGGAGACGCCUCAGGGAUUCGCACCCACUUCCCAGGAGGCGCGACCAGUCUCAUCCUUGGCAGCCUCCACCCUCUGCCACCAGGGGCCGUCGGAACGGGCCGGCAGGGGCGGGACGCCCGGGAUCCGCGCGCCUGGAGUGUGGCACACGGAUCCGGCAAGUCGACCCCCGGCUUGAGGCGGGCGCACCGAGGCGCCUCCAGCCCGGGGCUCCCGCCCUCGUCCCCACCCCUUCCCCGGGCGGGCGCGCGCGCGGGCCGGGAGCGGGGAGGCGGCGGGAGGGCGGCGGCGGCGCGGCCGGGCGGGUCCCGGGGACGCGGUGCGCGUCGGAGCGAGCGCACGAGUCCCCGGCGCGCCCGCCACGCUCGCCCCGCAGCCGCUCCCCUCCCCGCGCCGCCUGCGCUCCGGACCAGCCCGAGUCGCCCACCGGCGGCGUCCGCGGGGACCACCCCCGGGCGGGCGAGGGAAGGGCGGUCUGCGUCGCCCCCCUCCACCCCCCGGCCGGCUCCCGCCACCGCGAAGCCUCCGGACGCCGCCCGGACCGCGGGGCCGCCCCGGAGAGUCGCCGAGGCCGAGGACCCCGGGAAGGAGGAUCCCGCGGACGGCUGCAGCCCCAGACUAUAUUUUCUGUGAGUCCUGAUCAAGUGAUACAAAUGCGCUGCAAUGGUGACAUAAACUAUCGACUGAGACUGGAAAAGUAGCUGAACACCAUCUUUUCUUCUUUUUUAU